AUGUCCGAGAUCGUCUUGUAUGUCACUCGGCAGCUGAAGAAUGCUGAACUAGUUGGGACUUCCAUGCCAGUCGGAAUUGAUAAUCAUGUCCACAAGAUGAUGACAAUGCUUAAUAUCAACUAUCGCAACGGACAAGCGGUUGAAAUACGGGGCAAUGAGGUCCGAAUGGUCGGAAUACAUGGCGUGGCAGGGAUCGGGAAGACGACUCUUGCAAAAUUCGUUUACAGCCAGCUAUAUCCUCCGUUUGAAGGCUGUAGUUAUCUGGGAAACAUCGGGGAGGUAUUGAAAACCGAGCCCCUGGAGCAUCUGCAAAGCCGACUGGUUUCUGACCUGCUAAAGCAAGAGCCCAAAAGCGUGGGUUCCGUAAAAGAAGGUAUUGACUAUAUCCAACAUAGGUUUCACGGUAUGAGAGUUCUCAUUGUGCUCGAUGAUGUCCAUGGGAGGGAUCAACUCGAAGCAUUUGCUGGGAAGCUAAGCUGGUUUGGUUUGAGAAGCAGGAUAAUCGUAACCACCAGAAACGCCAGUCUUGGCUAUAUCCCUGAAAUGACUGCGGCUUAUGAAGUCAAGCCUAUGGAGUUUGAUCCAUCCCUUUGUCUCUUCUGUCGACAUGCUCUUGGGGAGAGUUCUCCCCGUGAGGGCUAUGAAGAUCUUUCCAAGCAGAUUGUUGACGAAAUUAGAGGGAUCCCUUUAGUAAUUGAGGUUCUAGGUUCACAUCUAUACAGAAAACAGAAAGAAACAUGGGAUGAUACGUUGCAUCAACUAAGGAAAAUUCCAGCCGGUAUGGCCCAAAAAGUGUUGAUGACCAGCUAUGAAGACCUAGAUCAAGGGACUAAAGAUAUAUUUCUCGACAUAGCUUGUUUCUUUAUAGGAAGAGACCAGAGAAUUCCCUUCUAUAUGUGGGAGGACUGCGGUUUUUGUCCUGGUCGUGGUGUUCAGAGUCUCCUUCUCACGUCCCUGGUGAAAAUUGGAGAGAACAACGAGCUCUCAGUGUACGACCUAUUAAGAGACCUCGGUCUAGCAAAUUGUUCGCGACGAAGACCCAGCUAA